AUGGCUUCGGAUGAGAGGCCCGAGAAGGCUACCGUCAAUGAAUCGCCUGCGCCUGCGCCUGCGCCAAAGGAAGGGGGACGGGGCUGGUUGAUGGUUGUUGGCACUCUCCUCAUCCUGCUGAAUAUCUGGGGCCUGGCCUUCGCCUUCGGAUCCUUCCAGAGCUACUACGUGCUCGACUUCCUGCCCUCGGUGACAACCUCUGCCAUCUCAUGGAUCGGAACAAUUCAAUCAUGGCUGCUCAUCAUGGGCGGCCUCGUAUCCGGCCCUCUGUUCGAUCUGGGCUACUACCGCUCCAUGAUCAUCACCGGCAGCGUCCUCUCCGUCUUCGGCAUCAUGAUGCUCAGUCUUGCGACUAAAUACUACCAGAUCUUGCUUAGCCAGGGAAUCUGCAUGGGCCUUGGAUUUGGACUAUUGUACAUCCCCAGCCUGACACUGCUCAGUCGCUCGUUUGUACGAAAGCGCGCUCUCGCACUCGGUGUCGCAACUGCCGGCGCUCCCCUCGGCGGCGUCAUCUACACCCUCAUGGUCGAGCAGCUGCUCCCGAAAGUCGGAUUCCCAUGGAUGGUGCGCUCUGUUGGCUUCGUGAUGCUGGCGCUCUUCAUCGCUGCCGGGUUCAUGCUGCCCUUGGAUAAAGAUAACGCCGGACAACCAGCUGCGCCGCGAACAUCGCGCGCCUUUGACGUCCGCGCCCUCAAAGACCUCCCCUUUUGGAACUUCACCAUCGCGAACUUCUUCCUGUAUCUCGGCUAUAUGACCCCGUUCUACUAUAUCCCGAUCUACGCGGAGACGAAGCUGGGUACGUCGCGCUCGCUGGGCCUCUACGUCUUGAUCAUAUCGCAGGCGUCGUCGAUUAUUGGAAGAGUUGUUACGACUGCAGUGGCGCAUUACUGGGGCGCUAUGAUCCCCUGGAUCUGUUGUGGGUUUUUGUCUGGUGUUCUUUGCAUCUCUUGGAUUAGUGCGAGCAGUCUGGCGAGGUUUAUCCUCUUUGCUGCUUUUUACGGCGGUAUAUCUGGUGCCCUCGUCCCCCUCCCCCCGAGUGUCUUCCCACACGUCUGUCCUGACCCGACAGCACUCGGGUCCUGGCUUGGGAUGGCGCAGAGCUUUAGUAGUUUUGCGACGCUGAUCGGGGCUCCUAUCGCGGGUGCGCUGGCGGCAUUGGGCUCGUCGGGCUCUGAGGAUCUGACUUUCCUUAACGUCCAGCUGUUCUGUGGGGUGUUGAUGUUCUCGGGGGCGGCGCUGUUGUUGGGAUUGUGGUUUAUGUUGAGGAAGUUUAGGGAUAAGAAGGGGUUGUUUUAG